GUCGGUAAAUUAAGGUUCCCACUUGAAUCUUGUUGGUAAAUUCAACUUUUCCAAUGUGAUUGUCACGCCCCAAAACCCGAAUUCGAGGCGCGACAGACGCCGUGCACUCGUGAGAGAGUCUCACAAAUGCAUAAGGUUCGGAACUUAUCCAAUUCACAAUCUGAUACCAUCAAAAUCUGAAGACCAAAUUUUAAAAUUUGCUCUGAUAUUAUAAAAUCUCCAAAUACACUCGAAUUUACAAGAUCAUGAUUUAUAUCUAAAAUCUAUAUCAAUCUCGAAAUGGCUAGCCUUCUAACUCGUCACUUCCCAUUUCUGGGUUCCAAAUCAGGUUCUUGGACAAGAAAAGAAGGGAAAAAUCAAGCUCUCUACCGGUUUCCUCAAGGCAUGGCUGGGUUUCUUUUUUUUUUUCUUUCGGGUGGCUGCAGCAGGGUCGGGAAGAGCAGAAGCACGCGGGGAAGAAGAAAGAAGAAAAAGGAGAAAAUAUCAGCCAUCCUUAUCCAAUUCUCCUCUUUUAAGCCCCUGAACUUUCAAAAUUUUGGCUAUUAAGCCUAAAACAAUAUUUCCUCUCAUAAAAGUCCUUAACUCACACUUGUUUAUUCUAGAAAUUUUGGGAUAUCACAUCCACCUCUCCUAAAAAGGAGUUUUGUCCCCAAAACUCAAAGUGGGGAUCAUUUUGAGUGGUGAAUGGCUUCACACAAUCUAAGAUAACAAAUGCCCUACUCACUUUCUAUGAACAGAUAUGGCUUACUACGCUUCCGCUGCGCCACUCUGAUAACAAACCACAACGAAUCCUAAAAGCAGAACAUUAAUUACUUAACAGGGUUUACCAUGAAAACAAGCUACUGGAGGCUGGGGUGACAUAGGAAGCACAAGGAAUAGAAAUAAAUCCUGCCAAAGCCACAAAAGAGCAAUUGUGGGGUUACGCUACGAACCCAACACAAGACAAUUGGCAAGAAUGGCAUGGAUUUAAAGACGAGUACAACAAAACUUUGAACUCUAUCAAAGACGGAUAAGCAUCCGAUGGAUAUAUGGAUCAUGAAUGAAUGAACAAGUGCAUGGAUGCCUUAUAAAUUCUGCCACAAAACAAGGUUAACCAAUAAGCAAGGUCAUGUUUAACAAAGCAACUGGAAUCAAGAAACAGAUUUUAGCAAUUAACAAGAGUUAAAAGCUAGGACCAUCAAAAGACAUGUAAGAAUCUCAAGAAUUGCAACAGAAUAAAAUCAAUGGAAAAUAUGAAUGCUUGGAAGAAUACUGGAACAUAAGAGUGCAAGGUAGAAUGCCUCAAAAAUUCAGCAACAAAACAGCAUUUACCAAGAAUCAAGAUCAAAUUUAACCAAGCAAUCAAAAUUGAGAGACAAGAGUUAACCAUGAAACAAGCAAUAGAAUUCAAGGAUUAGG